UAUACCUACGUUUUUGACCACAAGUGACACCUUAUUGUUAGCAGCAAAAUGAUCAGUAAGUUCGUGUUGUUCUUGUUACCGUGUUUUAUGAUGGCGCGCGGCGAAACUGAAGCGUUUGAAAAGGACUUAUUAUUGUACAGUGCGGAUACAGAAAGGGAGUGUGAAUUUUUUGAAGAUAUUAUGCCGCACAAAAAGAGGAAUGGAAGCUGUGAACUUAAUCCCGAUGUUUAUUUGAAUGUGCCUCAAAUAAUUGCAAGACACGGCUACCCCAGCGAGGCCCACAUCGUCCAAACAAAAGACGGUUACCUGUUGACCUUGCACAGGAUACCUGGACCCAAAUCCGGCAAACGAGGCGGCCAACCAGUGUUCCUGCAACAUGGGCUACUUGGAAGCAGUGCAGAUUGGGUGGUCAAUGAAGGCCAAGCCUUGGCAUUUUUCCUUGCUGAUCAAGGUUACGAUGUUUGGCUAGGUAAUGCCAGGGGUAAUACAUAUUCAAAAGCCCAUGUCACCUAUUCUAUAAAAAGUCCAGCUUACUGGAAUUUCAGUUGGCAUGAAAUGGGUACUUAUGAUCUUCCAGCGGUUCUGCAAUAUGUCAGUACUCAUACUAACAGACCAGGGGAGAUAAUUUAUAUAGGUCAUUCCAUGGGAACAACUAUGUUUUUUGUAUUUUCAUCUCUAAAACCGCAAGCUGCCAAAAAUGUUAAAUUAAUGAUUGCUCUAGCGCCAACAGCUUAUAUGACUCAUGUUAGGUCGCCCAUAAGGUAUUUGGCGCCUUUUUCCAACGAUGCACAAUGGAUAUUAAGAAACCUAGGUUUCAAUCAAUUUUUACCGAGAGGUAAAAUCCUAGACCUAUUAAACUACGAAUGUCAACUAUUAGAACAAAGAAAAAUAUGUGAAAACGCGUUCUUCUUAAUAUGUGGUUUCAACAAAGCAGAAAUGAACAUGGAUAUUCUACCAGUAGCUUUUGCGCAUGACCCAGCUGGUAGCAGUACCAAAACAGUUCUGCACUAUGGUCAAGAAAUACAUGCCAAUGGCAAUUUCCAACAAUACGACUACGGGAAAGAAAUAAACAUGAUUAAAUACAACCAAUCCACACCGCUCAAAUAUGAUGUUGGAAAAAUUAGAUCCAACAUAUACCUGAUGUAUGCAGAGAAGGACAAACUCACAAGCCCCAUAGAUGUGCUAAGGCUAUCACACAAGCUUCCAAACCUGAUAGGUUUGUACAGAGUUCCAAAUGAAAAUUUCGACCAUGUUGACUUUAUUUUUGGUAAAGAUGCCAUGGAAUUGGUGAAUAAGCAAGUUCUUAAAGUUAUCCAUAACUUUACGGAGACCGAUAUGGUGUAAUACUUAUAAUUAAUCUAAUUUUAGUAAUUACUAAUUAAUAGCUUUAGCAAAACUGGUGAUUAUUUUACGUAUACCAAUGAUUUAUGUUUACUUAGAAUAAAAA